AUGUCGAAGCGAUCGGCGACGCAGGUGCUCAAUCCAAGCGAUGAGCAGGCUUCCAAACGACCAUCGGGGAGUGCGCCGAACCACAAAUCCGAGAAUGACGAGAUGGGGGAGUUCGAGGAUGCUUGGGAAGAUGAGAUCGAGAGCGACGGAGAGGUGGUAGAUGCUGAGGCUGCUGAGGGCGAGGAAGGUAUGGAUGUAGACGAGGUGCUCCCUGCGAUCGAGGAAAGCGAGGAACAGCCACCUGCGCCGUCUGUGUACAUCCCAGGGAAACAUACUCUCGGCGCCGAUGAAAUUUUAGAGGCGGACGAUUCUGUAUACUUGAUGCGACACUCACUGAACGUAAACUGGCCAUGUCUAUCUUUUGACGUACUGCGCGAUAAUCUUGGAGACGAGCGACAACGAUUCCCUGCCACUGCGUACCUUGUAUCAGGAACUCAGGCCGAUGUCGCGAAAAAUAACGAAGUGUUGGUAUACAAGCUAACGUCCUUGCAUAGAACACAGAAAGACGGAGAUGAUUCUGAUGAGGACGACGACGAUGAUGAUGACGAAAAUCUGGACGAAGACCCGAUACUCGAAUACCGAUCAAUACCGCACAUGGGUGGCGUGAACCGCGUUCGCGCGCAACCACUCCCCGCCUCAUCCCCCCUCCCCCCUGUUUCCCAACCGUAUUACACAGCGACAUGGUCAGAAACAGGAAAGGUCCACAUAUGGGACAUUCGUCCGCUAAUAGAGUCUUUGGACGUUCCUGGCUAUGCCCUCCCCAAAUCACGGACCUCCGCUCCAGCGUAUACCGUAGGUUCGCAUGGUCGCGCGGAGGGCUUCGCUAUGGACUGGGCUUCAUCUGGAGGCGCGAACGCAUCUUCGCUACGACUCUUGACCGGCGACAUACACUCGAAAAUAUACUUGACAACCACUGCUCAAUCGGGUUUCACCACCUUGUCGCAACCAUUCGCUUCACAUACAUCGAGCGUCGAAGACUUACAAUGGAGUCCAUCUGAACCGACAGUCUUUGCCUCGUGCUCGGCGGACCAGAGCGUGCGCGUAUGGGAUGUACGAAUCAAGAACAGGCAGAGUGUCGCCGCGAUCAUGGCAGCACACCCGAGUGAUGUCAACGUCAUAAGCUGGAAUAAAGCCACCAGUUACUUACUUUUGAGCGGUGGAGAUGAGGGAGGCAUCAAAGUUUGGGACUUGCGAAACGUCAAGGCAACUGGUCCUGCUCCCACAGCGGUCGCAUCUUUCAACUGGCACUCCGCUCCCAUUACCUCCAUCGAAUGGCAUCCCACAGAAGACUCCAUAUUCGCUGCGUCUGGUGCAGACGACCAAGUAACGCUUUGGGACCUAGCUGUUGAGCCAGACGAAGACGAGAUGAAUACCGCUUCCAACGAAGCCGACGACACUCAACAAGUGCCACCUCAGCUCUUGUUCGUGCAUCAGGGACAAAAAGACAUCAAAGAAGUGCAUUGGCAUCCCCAGAUUCCCGGAGCCGUAGUCAGUACUGCGUCGGACGGAUUCAACAUCUUCAAAACUAUCUCCGUUUGA